CAUGCCUUGAAGGUGUUAAUAUGUGCAUAGGACUUUAGCUUAUAGCCCAAGAUGCCGUGGUAGGCUCCUGAGGACUUUAAAAAAACUUAAGCUGCAGAAGAAGAAGAAUGUCAAGCUCAAUGUAACUCUACAUAAUUUACAUACUGAACUGGUUUAAAAUUCUUAAGACCAACUUAAUUCCACCCCUUUCAAACCUCGAACUUCAUUUAGGGUGCGCUUCUGUCGUCCAUUUGAUUUGUGUUUGUAAGUGUCUAGUAUCGAUUACCAUUCCAUCAAAGUAAUCUCACGCGGCUAUAUACUACAUCUUCAAAGCACUAAAGGAAUGGUGUAUGCCAUUUUAUGAUGAACACAACUCGUCACGACGUUGAGCCCAUUGCACUUGACGGCAAGAGUCCAUGUAUCAGAUGACGGGCCUGUACUCGGAAACGAAUACCAGCGGCGAUGAUAGCAGCGUCGAAGCUGCCACACAGGACUCUCAGAUCAAUUUGGGUGAACUGACCGGUUGCAGCGGCGGCUGUUUGGCGUCGAGCGCGAAUAAUACCAACACAAACGCCAACGCGUUGUCGCGUACCAGCACCUGCAAGUGUCACAAUAAUUAUCAUUACCACCCAUCAACACAUCAGAACAACCAUCAUCAUAAUCAUCAUCCGCACCCACACAAUAACAGCCAGCAUCAAACCACGUCCGUCUGUGGCAGUGGUGGCGGCGGCGGUGGUGGCGGCUGUUGCAACGAGACUCUGGCGAAGAGCCACAGCCGGCAACCGUCUGCGAAUAUUGCUGUGGGCGCUUCCAAUGGCGCCGGCAGCAACAAUAAUGCAACUGCUAUGCUCUACGAUUCUGAAUAUGAGAAUGAUGACGAUUUGCAAUCACGUGAUUGUGGUAUACUCAACUAUAGGCCGCGUCGUAUACAAAAAUUCGCGCGCAUCAAAGUGUUCGUUCUGUUAUUGUCGAUUCUAGUCACACUGCAGCAGGCUUUGAGUUCCGGUUACAUAAAUUCAGUUAUUACGACGAUUGAGAAACGUUUCGAGAUACCAUCAAGUUAUUCUGGACUGAUAGCCUCAAGCUAUGAGAUUGGCAAUGUGAUAACCGUAAUAUUCGUGAGCUAUCUGGGUAGUCGACGUCAUAUACCAGUGUGGAUUGGAAUAGGUGCCGCCAUUAUGGGCAUAGGCUCGCUUGUGUUCAUGGUGCCCCAUUUCACUGGUGAACCAAAUCCCGGCGUUGCCAUAAUGAAUGAUUCCAGUGACAAUAUAUGUCGUAGUGCGCUGGUGCGUGACCAAGAUAUGGAUUUGGGUAGACUAUCGAGUGGUCUAUCGAAUCCACCAUUGGCGCCACAUACACUACGCGAAGAUAAUUGCCUCGAGGGUAAGUUGUCUACGUUCGGGCCGGUGUUACUCUUUGUCAUUGCACAACUCCUGCUGGGUUGUGGCGGUAGUCCACUCUUCACACUCGGUACUACUUAUGUGGAUGAUCAUGUUAAGACAGAAAGUUCAUCGAUGUACAUUGGCUGUAUGUACAGUAUGGCAGCAUUUGGUCCGGUCUUGGGAUUUCUGCUCGGUGCUUACCUAUUAUCGUUUCACAUGGAUUCACUAUCGUCCACUAUUAUAUCGAUAAAUCCCGGAGAUCGACGCUGGGUUGGCAUGUGGUGGGGUGGUUUCCUGCUAUGCGGCGUUCUGCUGCUGAUUGUGGCAGUGCCAUUCUUCUCCUUUCCUAAGGUUCUUACCAGCGAAAAGAAGAAGAUACGGAAAAGCUCGGUGAUGCAACCUGCUGUGCCUAAUAAUUCCAAUAGUCUUCCACGUGGCACUGAUCCUGCAGGUAAAGUGAAAAAGGAAAUAGUGGCUGUGAAUGCGAAGGAAGAUGACGAACCGCAAGUGGAUACCGGCUAUGGAAAGGAUAUAAAAGAUAUACCCCAAUCCAUGUUGCGACUUGUCAGCAAUCCCGUUUACAUCGUGACUUGCCUGGGCGCGUGUAUGGAAUUGUGGAUUGUAUCCGGUUUUGUAGUGUUCUUGCCAAAAUAUUUGGAAACUCAAUUCAGUUUGGGCAAAAGUCAAGCUAGUGUAUUUACCGGUUCCAUUGCAGUGCCCGGCGCCUGUAUUGGCAUUUUCAUAGGUGGCUGUAUAUUGAAACGUUUUCAGCUGAAGCCCAAGGGUGCGGUGCAAUUUGUUAUAAUUUCUAAUGCCAUCUGCCUUGGUCUAUACGCUAUGCUAUUUUUCCUUGGCUGCGAUAAUCUGAAAAUGGCUGGCACUACGAUUCCCUAUUAUCGCAGCGCCAAAAAUGGUAUCAUCGAACCAUUCCAAGUAAAUCUCACAGCGGCCUGCAAUUUCGGCUGUGAAUGUCUAACUAGCGACGUGGAACCGGUUUGUGGUAACAAUGGGCUGACGUACUUUAGUCCCUGCCAUGCGGGCUGCACUGCAUUCUCAUCCACUUCUAACUACACCAAUUGUGCUUGUGUUCACUCGAAUAUAUCGAGCAGCAUUUAUAUGGGCGCUGGCGGCAGUCAAGCUCAAGCAUUGAAUGCCAACGAAGAUUUUGCCGAAGUAACCGUGGUUCCUGUUGCAACUGCCGGUCCAUGCGCCACCCCAUGCCGCACCAUUUAUCCGUUCCUUAUAUUACUAUUCUUUAUGACCUUCAUUGUGGCCUCUACACAAAUGCCAUUGCUAAUGAUUGUUUUGCGUUCAGUUUCGGAGGAGGAGCGUUCCUUUGCGCUGGGCAUGCAAUUUGUAAUAUUCCGUUUAUUCGGUUACAUACCGGCGCCCAUACUAUUUGGUAAUCUCAUUGAUUCAACGUGCUUACUUUGGAAGUCAACAUGUGGCGAGAAGGGUGGACGUUGCUUAAUCUACGACAUCGAGAAAUUCAGAUAUAAAUAUGUUGGUCUCUGCGCAACUGUAAAGAUCGUUGCUCUUGCAAUAUUCAUCGCUGAUUGGUGGUUGGUGCGGCGAAGAAAGCAGCUAGAGAAAUUAAAGCCUAUCAGCGCGAAUGAUCCGAUAAUCGGAUCUAUAAUUAGUUUGGAUAAAUUAUUCGAAGAGAAAUUGGCGACAAAUGAAACGAAUCCAACAUAUGGAAGUAACGGUGAGAUUAUACUCACAUCGGAUGUCGUGAGGCACUCGAGAAACGAUUCACGCACUAUACAAUUGGAAUAUGGCUAUGACAAGUGCAAUAAUGCCAUCAACUCGUCGGGUCUUUCAACACCACAAACUAAAUCAAAAAAGCACUUCCGCAGCGCAUCGUGUGAUGUCAAAAUGAUACGCAGCUUCUCUAAGGAUCAAAAUAUCACAACAGGUCCUGCUACAACAGACGCUGGCUUACAUGAGCCCAUGAAGAUCAAGAGCUUAAAACGGUUUCAAACACAUUCCCGCAAUAAUUCCAGCGACUUAAAUAGUGAUUUCCGCAACAAACUUACCCAUUCACGCACAAAUUCUCGCGAUGAUGCCGGUGUUGGCGCACUAAAUAUACGCUACAUACAAAAUCAGCUCAAGCCGCAAGAGGACGAGGAGGAUGACGACGAGCUGACGACUGGCUGCGGUCAUUUCGUCAAGAAACAUUCACGCAAUCAUUCCUACGAUCAGAUUUAUAUGCCCAAUAAUAUACGUUUUGAUGCCGAUUUCUUUCGGAAUCAUCACAAUAAUAAGAAUAAGAAUGUGAAUGUGCUAAAGAAUGUGAAUAGAGAAGAGAAUCGCGUGAAGAAUUCAAAUGAACUGGAAGCGGCAGCAACAGCGGUCAGCUCACGCGGCCAUUCACGCAAUAAUUCAAAGGACUUGAACAUACGCACAACUGCAACGUCGAGUAGUAGUGCAAACGCGAUCGGCGGUAGUGUCGGCGGCGGCGGUGGUGGUGGUGGUGGUGGUGGUGGUGUGGUUGGCGCAGCGCACAAUGUCGCCGAGGCGGCGUUAAGUAUACUACGCCAUCGGCGUACCAACUCCAAAGACUUAAAUUACACGCUCUGCACGAGCAAUGAACGCAAUGAGCUGGGCGGUAGCACUGCGUGCAGCAGUAAUGCGUCAACGCCAGCGCAUGGCGGCGGCGGCGCGGCAGCGGCAGCCUUACACUUGAAACACGCACAUGCGCGCAAAAUCUCUCAUCACAAAAUUCAAAUCGACGAUGAGCGCAACGAGUUGAUGGGUACAACGCGCGACGAUGAGUGUGAAGCGUCGGCGGCGACGACGCUGCCCACGAAUGAGAGGCGUAGUGAAGCGCAUAAUGCGUCGCCUGCAACGAGCCGUAAAGAUGUGGAAGCUUUGCGUUGAAGAAUUUAAAUCAGUUAGAAUACUUAUUUAGAAAUGCUAUAAAAAUGGAAGUUUUCUAAUUUUCUAAAAGGAAAUAUUAUAAAAAAAAUAUACAUAUGUAGAUGCAAGUGAAUUUUAUAAGUUACAAUGGUAAAAAAUAGUUCACUUUUGAAAUAUCGCCAAAAUAUCUCGUAGACUUUAACUUGCAGUGCUUAAUCAGCUCAGCUUUGGUAGGAGUUGCACGCCAAUGUUUCACUUCCUUUAACUUUUGUCAUUCCUAAAAAUUAACUCUUUCUUAGUUUGAUGGUUAAAGUUUUUUAGGAUAAAGUAUCGAAAGCAAAAUUGUACUUAAAUUAAUUUUUUCUUGCUCUAUUUUAGGAUGAAACACACUUUAUUUUGUAAUAAUCAGUUAUUUAACUUCAUAUGUAUGUAUGUACAUAUUUUUGUAUUUGCCUGCCUAUGAACCUUUAUAUUCAAGCUUAAAAGGAGGAGAUUUACUGGUAUAUUUUGUCAACUCGCAAAGUUCUAGGGCCUUUAGCAAUGAUGACAGCUUUCAUAUUUCUAUUUACUUUGUGUACACAGUGAAUUAAGUUUGUACAUUAGGCAUAUGACUUUUUUAAAAAUAAAUAUACCUAUGAGGAGAUGAUGAGGAAUAGUGAAAUCCAAGAAAAAUAUCGUUUUUGUCAAAAUUUGGUACAAAAAGUUCCAGGAGGGAAGUUUUAGAAAGAAAAAAAAUUGUGCUGAAAAAAACAUUAACCCUUACAUAUGCGUGUUUGCAUGAUGUCGGACGUCACAAUCGUACGACACUAGAAUAAAAUAAAUCAUAGGAAAACGUAAGUCACUUAUAUAUAUACACCGUUACAACCCAUUUAUAUUUAAUAGAAGCAAUUCGUUGUUGGUUUUAUUUUGAAUUAGAAUGUGAUAACGGACGUAACAUUCGGACGUGGCACUUUAAUAUUUUAACUAAUAAUACACAUUUGAUUAAAUUUUUAUUUAUUUUUUUUCAGUUAUCUCUCGUUGCGCGUUUUCAUAAACUUUUUUCGCCAUCUGAAUAUGAAAUUUAAAGUUAUAAAGUCAUUUGAACCCAUUUACUUGCAUUUACCGUUAUAUGGGAGGCGAGCUUAGUACUCGUCCGACUUCGCCCAUUUUCAAUACCAGCCUACCUUUUAUUUACCAACCUACAUUAUGUUUUACUAUUUAUGAAGACGGUGGUUUUAUUUUUCUGCAGACAAAAAAAACAAUUGUCGAACAUAUUAUGAAGAAAAUGCAUACCAAAUUUUUUUCUAAAAAUUCGCCUUAAAAAGUUUGAUCUUUUGAUGAACCUUUGUCGAAUUUUUCUAGUUUUUGUACAAAGUGUUAAAUUUGGACUUGGGCUUCUUAGAUAAUUUAAUAAAAAAAAAUAUAUAUUAGAUAAAUAAACAAAAGAAAAAAAGCCACAAUUUGUCUCUAUUAAUUUUUUCCACACUGCAUAUGUACACUUCGUGACACUUGAUUAACCUCACUUAAGUUUUUAAGAUUUUUUUUGGGUGCAUUCUAAGUGGCAACUAACGAUGCAACAAUUUUCCUGUGACAACAUUCUAAGCACCUGCUCAUGAUAACGGUAAAUAGCUCUUUUCUGCUAUUUUGCGCACCUACAAGCGCAACACUUGAUCACAUUCACUUCAAUUGUUCCAUAGUAGCCUUUGAAGAAAAUAUAUUUAGGAUAAUUUUUACAUUGCAGUCAUACGGUAUACUAAAGUGUGUAAUAAUAAUUUGGGCGAGUUUUUUCAAUAGUAGUAAAACGGAUUUAGAGAGAGAGGGGUAAAAUCCUUGGCCUGAAGGAAAGUAAUCUGACCAACCGUGGAAUUGCACAUGAAUAAAUUGUUGAAAUAUAUGAAAAACUAUGGAAGAACCACGUUGAGGGAACAACACGCAGUUUUGCGAGAAUCGUCGAAUACUUCGUCAACUGCCAUACAAAGAGGGCAAAUGUAGGAGUUGCACCAUCCAACAGAUCAUCCAACGAAUAAUAAUAGCGCAUGCAAAAUAAACCACAUUUGCUUCAACGCCACGUACGCGCGUAUGCUUCUACCUGCGUAGGUACAUAUGUUUUUUUUUCCUGACGAAAAAAGUUCGAUUUUGACGGUUCGGAUGGUGUGCAACACUAUUUUCACGAUUUGAGAACGUCGGAGCGGUAUUUGUACCGACGACACAGUUCAGUUGGUUCGGUGAUGGUAUGACAGCAAUUCCUUAUUACUUGGGAAUAAAUUUAGGACUUCUGGAGUUUCGACAAAAUGCAAAUAAUUACAUCGAACUGUUGAAAACCGAAGAAAUUGACUUUGAUGAAAUGUUCAACAACCAAGAGUAAAUUUUUCAGCAGCACAACGCUGCCAUUCAUACAGAGAGAAGGAUUCAGCAGUGGUUUGGGGGAAAAAUAACCAGGGUUCAUUCAUUUUCCUUUUCUUAAACAUUAUUGAUAAUGUAAGGGGAUGGUUGACGCGAGUGAUACGUGGCAAAGCUGACGCAGUACCACUCCACAUCAGCACUUAUUGAUAUAAUAUAUGUAUGUAGAUUGCACUCAUUUCACUAUAAAGUAUGUAAUUUUAUUCAACAUUUAUAAUAUUUACGGCCAAACAGACUUCUUGGAAGUUAUAAGUAUGUAAUAUGCAUAACAAAAAAUUUGCAUAGUUUUAGUAGUAAGUGAGGGUAAUCAAGCCUCUCACGUGCAAGAAAAUCGACGUUUGUUGUUUACCGUUACUAAUUUUUUUUAAUACUGGCACUGAAAAGUAUAUGUGGUGGUAAUCGCGGCCUCUCCGCAUACAAAUUUUUUGCGAAAGCCAUGUAAAAUGGAAACUAUUUAUUAAGAAAAUGUAAGUGAAGGUAAUCAGGUGUCGCCGAGUGUAUGUAUGUACAUUAGGGUAAUCCUUAAAAAGUAUCAAUAUCUAAAUUUUAUAUGGAGCGCCAAGGCAUCCACGAAAAUUUCAAAAUUCAAAAAUAAUUUUUAGGGGUCUCUACCAGGCUUUGAAAGAAUUUAAAUCAUUAUCAAAUUAUGUUGUUAUUUUUUUGGUUGAAUUAACAAUCAUAAAAUACACUAUCGAAUAAUAAUUUUUAACCAGAUAACCUGAUAAACACUUGGAGUUUGUACAUUGCCAAACAUUAUUAUUUGUAUAUAUACUUUUGUAUGUUUGUACAUAUGUAUCCGAGAGUUGAUUACGGUUCUCUGUCCUGAGCAUUUUUUAGCUCAUGUAUUUUUUAACAAAUUUCCAUCAUCCCUUGUCAAAUUUGGUUUGGAUACUAACCGGUUUUUGCGUAGUGCCAACUUCAGUGUCACUUUUCGUUCUCAUCCAAUCCAACAAAUUGUUUAGUCCGUUUACGAGUAUGUACUUCUAAAACCUUGACUUAUGAAAUUUUAUUAUUUUCCAAUUUUAGUUUAACAAAUGCAUAUGUUUUGCACAAAAAAAAAACAGCGAAAAACUAUCAUCUCACUUUAGUGAAAGUUGGCAAAAAAAACAUGGUGAUGAGAGAGUGGUGAAAAAAGACAAAACAUUUUAGAUAUUAGUAGGUAAUUUUUAUAAAAAUCUGCGCAUAUGAAAAAUGUAUUUCCCCUCUUAAGACAAAAACUGAAAUAAUAAAUUUUCCGCACUAUCAAAACUUAUAUUAGGAACAACCUCAAAAAAUUACGGGGCGCUUACUAAAAAAAAUUUAAAAUUUAGGAAAAAUCGCGUUCGAGCUUAUCACACUAGUAUCACUUCUUCCCACUGAAUUUUUUUCCUUUUGGCCAAAGUAUGCCUAAUAAAUGCACAUUAAGGUGUCCCAGAAAAAAAGUGGUACAUUUUUUACCCCUAAACUGUCCUCAUUUUGGCCUAAAUAACGUAUAUAUAAAGUUUCAUUGCUGAAUGAUCUCAGAAAGUCAAGCCCACUUCAAGUUUAACUUUUGAUUAAAAAGUGAUAGAUACUAAAAUGCUCACGCCGUGGGUGGUCGCUAGGUGGCUCUUCAUUUUCCUUGAAUGCCCUUAAACUGAUCAAAAAUUCAAUGUAGCCUAUGUCCCGAAGCCUUAGUUUACCGUGUGUUGCUAUUAGCUAAGCUUUCGUUGUUGAGAAGCAAGGCCAACUGGAUUGUCUCUUGAUGCAUAUCCAAAAUUUCUGCUGGGUCUGUGGCAACCCAUUCCUUCCCCUAGGUCGCGCAGUGUUCUAUUUUAUAUAAAAAGGAGUAAAAUCAAACAUCUUGUGAACGAGAAAGGAUAACGAAAUAAAUGUAACAGUAUUUUAAAGAUUUGGAAAUGAUAGAAUAGAAAAUUCUGGAAAAUGAGUCUCGGAGGAUAAAAGAAUUACCUUGACCUUCAAAAUGACCUUCACAAAUAGGUUUACAGUUAUUAAUUUUUUUUUUGCCUGAAACUAGUAUGCAAGGAACUUUUCAAAAGUUUUAAACACAAAUUUUUGACCAAUUCCUUGGUCGCAAUUAGAAGAAGUUGGCAGGAGUUUUUGUUCAAUUUUUUUUUUUCAAUAAUUUUGUUAUAAUUUGAACGAUUUUCAUCUUAUUAUUAUCAUAAAUCAGUAACAGUAAGUCUCUCCUUCAAUUAGGUAAUUACUACGUACCGAUCGAGUAAUAUUUGCUAAAAUUAAUUCG